AUGUGCCAAGGACAACACCAGCUCCUCCACCGCAAGGAGGAGGACGAGCCACCCCUCGAGGCCGCCACCUACGGCAGCGGCCCUGACGGCGCUUAUGCUGAGAACACCGAGGUGGCCGCCAUCAUGGAGGUCGAGGAGUUCGAUUGGUGGAAGGAGGAGAUGUACCUGGAGGAUGAGUUCGAUUACUGGAACGAGGAGAAGAUGUACCCCGAGGAUCUCGGUGCUGUGGCAGCUGGCGCUUUUGCCAUGUUUGAGAAGCCUGAGGCCGACAAGGACCUAGGGGACGCCCACCAGCACAAGAUAGAGGAGGAAGCCGCCACCGCAGCUGCUGCUGUUGCAAAGCCUGAGGUCGAUAACAAGAAGGAGGAUAAGCACCGCAAGCACCUUAAGUUUCUCAGUGAGCUCGGUGGUGCCGCUACCAACUGCUAUGGAUCGCUAUCAGUGAAGUUCAGAUUGCAGUUUGAGAAGCAUGAGUCCUAG